GUGUUGGUUGAUUUCUAUUGAUUUGUUUCUCAUUGUGUUUCAAUUUCGUUACUGAUUUUCAAUCAAGUGUUUCUAAUUGAGAUAAAAAAUAAAAAAAAUACAUUUAUUUGUAAAAAUAAUUUAAAAACAAAUAAAGUAGUAAUAGUAUAAUAUAAAAUCUAAGCAAUAAUUAUGAAUCGUUCCAGUAUUUCAACGGACAUUAGGAAUCGCAUCAAAAUGUUUGAAAAUUGCGAGCAAAGAACAGACUGCGGAGAAGACGCUUUGGCCGCACAGAACUUUGGCAGUCAAAGUAGAAUUGAUACGGACGAGCUAGAGAACGGUUGUCAAAUAAAAGCAACAACAAUGAUGAUGCCAACGCCACCACCACCACCGCCGGGAGUACAAACAGAUGCGAACGGUUUGAUUUUACCAAAGAAAUUGAUAAAUCCAUGUCUGCAGUCAACCGAUCGUAAACAAUUGCAUCGAGAAUUAAAAUUCAAUACGAAAAUCGUGCUAAAUCAAAAAACAGAACUGCAAAAAGCUUACGAGAAACAAAGAGAAAAACAACAGCAGCAUCAUCAGCAGGAUAAUAAUCCGCAACAGACUCAACACUCACCCACCUUUGGCCUUAAAAGCGAACUGAAUCGUGUGAUAAUGGAAAGAGCUCAAAAGUAUGAACGUGCCCGCCUACAAUCCGAAUCUGAAAAUGAUGACGAUAAACAAUACGUGAAUCCUGAAUAUUUAAAUGCGAGAGCAAAAUUAAGAGCGGGACAAAGAACUGAAUUGAAAUAAGUUUAAGGAAAAAACCAACCAACAAAAACAACAAUAACUUUAAAACUCUAAGAAUUUAACUCGAAAUUAUCUUUAUUUUAUAUGUAUUUGUUUUGACUAUUAAAAUAAUCAUUUUGUAAUUUGACUAUUGAAAAUUUCUAACACUUCUCGUUAGAAGAUGAGAGGGUUUUGUUUAUUUAAUUGUUAAUUUAAUUAAACAUUAAUACGAAUAUAAACAACAACAGAAAUAUGUACAAUUUAUUUUAAUUAUCAUUAUCAUUAUUAUAGUUAUAAUUUUUUAUUAUUAUUACAUAUUAUUAUUACGUAUUAUUAUUAUUUUGUUUAGUUUAGUUUAGUUUAAUUUAUAUGUAUGCGUGUGUUAAUUAAUUUUUUAAAUAAUUAUUUUUUUUGUUUGUUUUUAAGUUAAAAACAAAAACUAUUAAUAAUUGUCAUUAAAGAAAAUACACUUAGUUUAGAAAAAAAAAACAACAAUAUAUAAUUUUUUUUUAAAUUAUAUUUUCAAAUUAUAAGUUUAAUUAAAAAUAUAUGGCACAUUCUGAAAGAC